CAAUACAAUACUAUAACAGAGUAUAUAAAACACAAUACAAUAUUCUCUAUCUCUUUCUCUCUGUUAUAUCAAACAGAAAAAGCAUAUUUCGUGUCAUUCUUUUGGAGUAUUGAAAAAUAUAAAAAUCCAGUUCUCGUUGCGAACCAUGUAUUCGAGCAAAUGUUUGAUCGGUCUGUUGUUGACCGCGAUAUUGAAAUGUGUCCACUCUGUCGACCUCAGAGGUGUCACAAUUGUGAGUCCUCCGUUUGUGAUGAAGGCUCACAACAACCACUUCGAGGGCUAUGCCAUCGAUCUGUUGAACGAAUUGUCCAGAAUUGCAAAAUUCAAUUACACUCUCUAUCCGACACCCGAUGACCGCUACGGCUCGUCCGAUAAGACCGGCAAACCUACCGGAAUGAUACAGGAAUUGUUUAUGAGAAGGGCGGACUUUGCGAUCGGCGAUCUGGUGGUCAGUACAAUCCGUGAGCGAUAUAUCGAUUUCAGCGAACCCUUCAUGGAUUUGGAUCUGUCGGCUCUGAUCAACAAACAAAAUGUCGGAAAUAUGACCUCAUUUGCACACCUCCUGCACUCCAACUUAACGUAUGGCACACUCCGUGAGAGCGAGACGUAUCGGUUUAUGUCGAUGUCGGCCGACCUGACCAUUCAGAAUCUGCAGAGAUAUAUAUUCAUGAAUAGCUAUAAUCUCGUCGACUCCCGACAGGAAGGCAUCGAAAGGGCUCGCAAUUCAAACUAUGCCUUCAUUCAGGUA